AUGGCGGGGAACCAACCUAUGACAGCGAACCAACCUGCUAUAGUCAGCCCUUUUGGGUUCGUCAGAGCCCUUGAACGGGCUGCAGCGGAAAGGAGGCCCCAGAUGGCGACAUACUGGGAGAUCAUUCUCCACAUCCAAGAGAAUUUGGCCAUGGCCAAUGGAGCCGUGAGUCCUCUGGAAGCAUUGAAGAAUUGGGGCAAUGACUUCGACACGUUCGCGCGUAAAGCCUACAGUUGGCUUCUUCUCCAUUACGAAAGUAACUCGUCAGAGGCCGCCAUUGCCGGGAUCAGCCAUACAAGGCCACAGCUUAGGCAACGGAUUGCAGAAAGCUUGGCCUCCCAUGAAAGGGUAAAUCGGACAACCAGAAAGAAGGGUGCUGUUGACCAAACAUACCCGAACACAAUCAAAUCCGAGGUGGACUUUUGGUCUCAGGAGGCUAUAACCAAGGGCAUCAACAACACAAGACCAGUGGCCUCGGCAAUCGCGGAUAUCCCACGUACGAGACAACAGCAAGCCAUGUACAUCCAAGAGAUGUUCGAUGCUCUGAAGAGCACCCAGGGCAUCAUUGAGGAAGCGAGCAACGUCAAGGUCGGCAUCGUCAAGUCAACUAGUGGAAGAGUGUUCCAAGAUAUUGCAUGGGUUCUAUACAGAGAGGCCAGGAAAUUCCAACAAGGCAAGCCAGAUGUAAACCCUUGGUGCACCUCAUUCAUGUACAAGCAGUACCCUACCUUGCGAGCUCGGUGGAACGAGAUGGUUGCUUUCUUUCGCACAUCCAAAGCCGCAGUGGCCAAUUUGAUCGUGGCCCACAGUGAGAAGCGUUUUGCCGGUGACCCGACUGAAGAGAAACGACGCAAGACUCAAAACGACAAGGGCAACAAGAAGAAAGCGACCAAGAUGAAGGACAACGAGGAGAAGGCGGCCACCCUCGAUAAAGUAGUGAAAGGUGCCAAGGGCAAAGUUGCUGCUGCGAAGAGUGCUCCAGGCAAGGCCACAACUGCUGCUGGCGCUUCUGAGGAGUCGGAAGACGAAGCCAGUGAGAAUCCGGACGAUGAAGACGAAGCGGGAGAGACAGACGGCGAAGCUGAAGAGUUUGAAGACAACGAUGACGACGAAGCAAAGCAUCCCCUGGAGAAGGCCGCACAGGAUGAGGACCGUCACGAUGACAACGAGGAUGAGCAGGACAGCGACAACUUGAACUUCCAGUCACGUCAAGCAAUGGGCGAUGCUGCUGCUCCAGCGGUUCCCUUCGCAGGAUCUUCGCAGCCGCAUGCACCGGCCUACCAACCACUACCCGGCUCGAUCGGCAGCCGGCAAGAGGUCCGAGCUAUAGCCCUCAAUGAAGGCCAUCUUUCUAGCAUCAUGCCUUCCAAUGAUGACGAGUCAUACCACCCUUUUUAUUCUGGCGAUUUGGUGGGCCCAAACAUUCACCCUCAAUACAUCGAUUAUCUCAACGGCAACGACCACAGCUCAUUACCCCUACCGGGCCAACCGAUGCAUUAUGUGGAACGGAUGCUAGACAAGUACACUGGCACGAGCCCUUCCCAGCUCCCUAGUGGGAAUGACUUCAUGGGCCAGGCGCAAGAGGGCGGAGGAAUCGAUACCGGAGUCGGUGCUUCUCACAUUCACCCUAUGCCGCUCAACACAGGCAGCAGUGCCGUCGGUGGAGGAUCACAGAACAACACUGAUCCGCAGGAUAGCACCAAUCAUUCCUGUCCUCCUGUUAGGAGGAACAGAAACAACUUCGAGGACGGUGGCGAGACUCAUACUGACGCUCCUCCCAGAAGACGUCCCCGUCUUUAG